GUUGGGCGUUUGCCGAUUCCGUGCUCCAUAGGCUGGCACCCCUUUGGGUGGGUGCUAGAGGUCUAGAAUUCACUUGGGACUACAUUUUACAGGGUCUCGAAGCGAAUGCUAAUCUGGUGUUGAGUAUAUCGCUUGCUGCAUUAGGAUCUCUAAUGUGGCUCAGGAAAAACAAGCCCAAGACUUUGAUUCCUAUUAUAUACACCUGCGCAGGAAUUGUGGCUACUAUGCCAUCAAUUACAAGUUAUCUGAAACUGAGCUUGGGAUGGCAGUUGCCGAAGGUGGUAGGAUUUGAGCUGUUCACUUCUUUGGUAAUGGCUUUCAUUAGCUGGCAGCUUUUUGCCGCUUGCCAGAAACCUUCUAAUUGAUGAAUCCUUCAUAUCAACCUUCUAAAUCAACCACCCCCACCGCCCCCGGAAAACAAAGUUCUGAAGGGCAACAAGAGCAAAUUUUGCUUUGAAUAUUUACAGUGUGAAAAAUUUCAGGAAAAUGAGAAGUUACCUGAAUCACUGUGAUUUGAGUAUUUAUUUGGAAGUUUUUGGAUUAUACUGUUGUAACAGUCAGAUUAGGAAGCUAAGUAUGUUGACUGAAUUUAUUUUCCAGGUGACAUUCUUAUUAGUGUUUUCUUGAUUAUGAUUCAGGUCACAAUUAUUUGUAUUUGCCUUUUCAGACUAGUUGGAGCAGUUUGAAGUGACACAUUCAUUGCA